CCAAAUGGAUCUAAAAUUUAAUUUGAGAUUUAUUUCUUUUAUUUUCGCAUUGAAUUGUUGGAUUUUGUUAGUGACAAGCAAACCUUGCACGACUCUACCAAGCUGUGAAUGUGAUGAAAAUGAAACACUUAUAAAAUGUGAAAAUAUUAUAGGCUUGAGUAUUUUAUCAAGGAUAAGACCUAGUGUUGUCUCACUGACUGUGAAAAAUAGUUUUCUUGGACCAACAUUAAAUGCAUCAUUCUCAUCCUAUAUAAUGGAGGUUGAAGAGAUUGACUUAUCACAUAGUAGAAUACAUUCUCUGACAGUUCAUGUUUUUAAAUAUCUGAGGAACUUAAGUAGACUUGUAUUGAAAAAUAAUUUUCUAAGAAUAUUAAAAUUUGAAGUUUUUGAUCAUUUAACAGCUUUAGAAGAGUUAGAUCUUAGUCAUAAUAGAUUUGGAGUUCUACCAGACGGUCCUUUUCAUUCUUUAAUAAGUUUACGCUUUCUCAAUGUUAGUUUUAACAAUCUAACAAAUCUCAAAUUUGGAUUAAGGUUUCAAGUUAUGGAAAGUAUGCAGUCUAUAGACUUGUCAGGAAAUAAAUUCCAAACAAUUUCAAACGACUCAUUUGAAAUGACGGCAAAUUGGCGUGAUCAUAUACCAAAAGUGAUGAACCUCUCUUAUUGUGGAAUAGAAAAUAUACAAUCAAGAGCUUUCAGAUAUCCUAAAGGAAUGGAAACAUUGAUACUUAAAGGAAAUGAGGGUAUUUCAUACGAUAACCUGACUUCACUUUUCAACUCAAGUGAUUCACCAAAGAUCAAGAAUCUUGACUUGACUAAAACCGGUCUAACCGAAGUAUCAGAACUUUUUAGUUCUCUUCGAAGUCGCAACAUAAAAGAAUUAACAUUAUCGCACAACGAGAUAACCUUGCUGUCCACUGAUCUUUCUGAGAAUCUGGCAGGAACAUUACUAAAGUUUGAUAUGAGAGGUAAUAAACUAACUGCCAUAUCUGGUGCUGUGUCAGAACUUCGAGAUCUGCAGUAUUUAGAUUUAUCAGAAAAUCUGAUUUCAGAAGUGGAUUCCAAUUUUAAUGAAAAUCUGAUAAAACUUAAAUAUUUGAAUUUAGCACACAACAAAAUUUCUGCUGGGAAAUUAACCUUACAAAACUUUGUUGACCUUGAAACUUUGGAUCUGAGUUAUAACCAGUUGACGUCAUUUAUUAUUCCACAAACUCUGAUUAAAUUGCAAACAGUGAACUUAGCAGGAAAUGGAAUAAGUACAUUAGAAUCACUGGAUGGUUUAAUUAACUUGGAAAACUUUUAUUUUCAACAAAACAAACUAACAGAGCUUAAGAAGUUCUUGUUUGUCGAUUCACCGAUUAUCAACAUAGCUGAUUUUAGUGGGAAUGAAAUUCAGGAGAUAGAUGGAGGCACCUUUGAACCUCAUUCACCAAGAUUUGUUGAUCUGUCUUAUAACCAACUCAAGAAACUAAAAUUUCCAGGAUGGACUUAUGUCAAAUCUAUCAAUUUACGAGGAAAUUAUUUAGAAAACCUACAUGGAGAAUCAUUUUAUGCUUUAUUUCAAUUAGAAUUUUUGGAUUUGGCGGAGAAUGCUUUGCUUUAUAUUGAUGAUAAUCUGUUUUUGUAUCUAACAAACUUGACAACUUUACAUCUGGAACACAACCAGUUGCUUGGAAUCUCAAAUUGGAAAACAUUGUUCCGAGCCUUAAUUAGUCUUAAAUACAUUGACUUUAGUUACAACAAUUUAACCAGGUUUGAUACGAGUAUCCUCUCAAUGAGUAAAUCUUUACAACAAAUAAAAGCAGAUCAUAAUCGCAUUCAUAAUGUUGACACUGCUGGAUUCAAAAGUCUUACACAAUUACAAAGUGUGGAUUUUUCCACCAAUUAUUUUGUAUGUAACUGUGAUCUGAUUAACUUUAGAAAUUGGCUGCAAGAUUCUGGUGUUAUGGUUAUGCAAAAAGGGAGUAAUAAUUAUACAUGCAAAGGGCCUCCUGAACAAACAGGAAUAGAUGUAUUUAAGUUUGAAAUAGAUGAUUUUGAAUGUGAUUUUAUGUUUUUGUACAUUGUUGUUUAUUCUUGUGUUGGAGGGGUCUUUGUGGUAGUUGUCAUUAUCACGUCAUUUGUAUGUCACUAUCAUCUAAAAUGGAGGAGAGCACAGACGAAUACUGAGAACACAGCAUCUAUUGACUUCGAAAGGAUGGAACGUGUUCCUUUUAUUCCAGAUGGAACAAUACUGAGAAAACAAAAAACCAGACACAAUACCAGACACAAGACAAACAAGAAAACACAAAAACAGGAAUCUGCAAAGGUCAGUAAGAUCAAGAAGAAGAAGAAAAAUCAACAUAAUACUGAAAUGUAUAUAAUGAAUGGAAAUGUGAAAUUAAUGAACGGAAAAAUUCCUAAUGGUAUUAAAAAUGGGAAAACUAACAAUAAAGCUACUUCUAAAGGACAUUCAAAGAAGACAACCAAAAAGAAACGCCAUAACUCAGACCCACCUUACUUGUUAAGACAGGAGAAUGAACUUGUGAUUCCUAAACCUAGACGUAAAACAUAUUCUGACCUUGAGAUGAACCCUUACGUUCAACAGUUUCUUCUCCAACAACACAAAAAGCAGAUGAAAAACAUGAUAAAUAAGAGAUACAACCGAGAAUCAUUUAGAAAUGUGGAUAUCAUACGACCAGUGCAUGGUAGUAGGAGUUCUCCAGACUUUAAAUAUAAUGGUACAAACACUCUCCCUAAAUCUCACACAGUGGAUUAUAGACUUAAUGAACAUUAUCCUGAGAUGACCACAUGGCAUGGCUCUCGUGGCAAACAAAACAAAAACUAUACCACAGCAGACGUACAUCAGAUGGAAUAUGUUGAUAAUAAACAUAAAAUGUCAGGCUACAAUACAAUAAGUGGUGUUCCAUCUCAUCGAUCUCAUGCUCAAUAUAUCUGACUUUAAUUGAUAAAUGAUAUUAUUUGAUUCAAAUGUUCGAAGUUUUGGUUGUAUAUGAAAAUGUGUGGUAGUUAUAGAAGUAGCUAUAUAAAAGAUUUUAAUUUUUAA